UCUUCUUCUUUUUUUUUUUUCAUAUUUUAAGAAAUUGAACCCAAACAGUAACCUGACGUCUCCCGUGAUGAUGACCCAAAGAAUGCCAAAGGUCGUUUUCCACCAAAACCCCACCACCAUCCUUAGUAUUACAUCGAUCUAUUUCAUUGUCGCUUUUCUCAGUUUCAUCAAUUCCCUCUGUACUCAUCUGGUUGUUGAGAAAGAGAAGAAAAUCCGACCCACAAUGCAAGCGAUGGGCUUACAGGAAACGGCAUUUUGGUUGUCAUGGGCGAUUGUACAAUACUUUUUCACCACCUGCGUGGUGGUCAUUUCCACUAUCAUCAUCGUUGCUAUCAAUGUCUUACCAAACAGCAACGUCUUCCUCUUCUUUUUGGCCCUCAUGUUCUUCACGUUGACCCUUAUUACGCUCUCCUUCCUACUGUCAACUUUCUUCAAGAAAUCCCAAACGGCAAUGACGUUGCCGGCAUUUUACGUUUUCAUGGUCACGUUGAUCUACCUCGCUAUUGGACUGACAAGAACCUACAGCGCAUCGACUGGUUUGGUCUACACGACGCCCAAGUGGGCCAUGGUGUUGCUUUGCCUCGUCUCGCCCAUUGCAUUCGCUCUCUAUGUCGACAACACCAUAUCCAUGGACCUCAGUGGCGUUGGCAUGAACUUCUCCACCAUGCAGGACGGAUAUUUCCCGAACUACAUUCCGAUGCUGAUGCUACUCCUCGAUGCCGUACUCUACUACUUUCUCUCUGUAUAUCUGGAGAAAGUAAUAUCAGGUGACUUCAAGCGUUCAAUUCACCCGUGUUUCUGCCUGUUUCCAUCGUACUGGAGGAAAUCGAAGAUUAAAUCAGGAAUUGACAAUCCAAACUUUGACAUAGAAUUCAACGCGGAUAUCAAAGAUAACGUUGAAAAAGUGCCACAAGAAUUCGACUCGAAAGUUGGAAUUAGAAUUAUGCGUCUUUUAAAGAGUUUCAAAACUACCAAAGAAACAAUAACAGCUGUUGAUAACAUCAGUUUGAAUAUGUACGAAGACGAGAUCACGUGUUUGUUAGGUCACAAUGGCGCUGGCAAAACGACCCUCAUAAAUAUAUUAACGGGUUUUCUGAAACCCGAUUCUGGACACGCCAUGAUAUAUGGAUAUGAUGUUGCUAAUGCUGGCAACCUUGAACAACUUAAAACAAUGAUCGGAUUGUGUCCCCAGGAAAAUAUAAUCCACGAUCAACUGACAUGUAAAGAAAACCUAAGAGCUUUUGCUGCAUUGAAAGGCUUUUCAGCAGAAGAAAUCGAGGAUGAGAUUGAUUCACUGUUGAAAGAUUUGAAUCUUACGGAAAAAGCCGACGUGUUUUCAAAGAAUCUCAGCGGAGGACAAAAGCGUAAGCUUUCUGUUGGAAUGGCGUUCAUAGGAAAACCAAAGGUAGUAUUUCUUGAUGAACCUACAGCUGGAGUCGAUCCCUUGUCCCGAAGGAACAUGUGGGAACUAUUGAAGAAAUACAAGAAAAACCACUGCAUUCUAUUGACCACUCACUUUAUGGACGAAGCUGAUAUCCUCUCAGAUCGGAAAGCCAUCAUCAGCAAGGGAAAACUCCAAUGUUAUGGUUCGUCUCUGUUCCUGAAAUAUAACUAUGGAAUAGGAUACCAUUUGAAUUUGUUGACCAAUUCGGACGGUGAUGUCGGCAGAAUACAACAACACAUGGACAAUCUAAACGCUUCCAUUAAGCUGAAACGAACCCACGGGUCUGAAGUUGCCUUCGUCAUACCCCAGAAACAGAUUGACCAGAACAGAUUCCCAGAUAUACUACGAUCUCUAGAAGAAAAAGAAAACGACGUCACGAAAGCCGAAAACCUCGGCAUCAAAAGCUAUGGCGUUUCUAUGACAACACUUGAAGAUGUUUUCUUCCAAAUUGGCCAAGAAGAGACAGUGAAAGAGAGCACUGACGAACUUAAUGACGAUGAGAAUGCACCGAUGACGAACGCGGCACCUGUGCCUGAAGUAACUUACUUGAACAACACUAGCUAUCAGAAAUAUACCGCUCUUUUCAAAGUGUUCUUUUUUAAUCACAUAAGACAUCCAAUGUUUGUAAUAUUUGGAAUAGUGUUACCAAACAUCCUUGUUCUUGCAAGUCUUCUGAUAAACAAAUAUAUGGAUGCCGACAAUGACGAAAACAUACCCGUCCAACUCGACAUCACAUCUUUGCUUUAUGACUAUGCCGGCAAAGCGCUAUCAGCGGCAAAACCGCAAUUUUUAAUUUACAAUACAACGACUGCUGAUGCAGGCAUAAACAAUGUGACCGCGGAUAUCGCGAAGGUGCUCUCCGUCAACCGAACCAACGUUGAUCUGCUGACAGUGGCUCCUCACUAUAUCGGAAGCAAUUUCUAUUGGCAUUCAAAUCAAACGCUUCAGACAAAUCAACUAGUUCACACAGCCAUCUUUAAUUCCACAGCAGUCCACGCCAUUCCAACAAUUGCCAAUUAUAUUACUAAUACUCUGAUGAAUUUGGGAGGAAAUUUCUCAGUCUUCAACAUCAGCACCAACAAUUGGCCGUGGCCAAAAUUAAGAAAAACUGCUACCGUCAGUGGUAAAACUUUCGCAACGGUCUACACUUUAUCAUUUGCAUUCCUUUUUAUAUCGAAUGGAGUUGGGAUACAGGCUGUAAAAGACUAUGAGUUUCAUCUCCGAAGCCAACUCCGAGUGUCAGGAGUAUCAAAUACCAUCUACUGGGCUGCCAAAAGAACUAUUGAUCUGGGCAAUGCUCUGAUACCCGUAAUCUUUCUUCUAAUUAUAAUUCUUGCAUUCCAGGUUGAGAACCUAAACAGUGCUGGGUCUAUCCUCUGUUUAGUGCUCAUGUGUUUCAUCUACACCGCGUGCAACGAACAGUUCAGUUACCUCUUGUCCUACGCGUUUACCAGUUUUGAAAGUUGUCAGUCCGUUUCACCGAAUAUAUCCACAACGAUCGCUCUGUUGCCUUCGUACGCCGUAUUGAUUCUUUAUAUGUUCCAAUAUGUCACAGCAUCUAAAGCUAUCCAUUACGUCUGUUCCAUUUUUUUCCCUCCCUAUAUUAUAUUUGGCGGGAUUUUCUUUAUAGUAAUGGUUCAAAUGAAUUACAACCAUAUAAACAAAACGAUCGAUGUGGCGGCCCCCGUAGAAGACUUUUUCAAAUGGGAUAACAUGGUUUUAUAUUCCAUACUCAUUACGCUAUUUCACGUUAUAUGGAUGCCGUUUCUGAUAAAUGCUUUAGAUAUAUGGAAGGCCACUGGGAAACUAAGGCUGGCGUUUGGUUUGAAGCCACUUCCGGUCUCGUACGACGCAUUGAAGGAUCAGACGGUUGAAGAAAAUGAAGAUGUUUUGGUAGAAAGACAACGCGUGGACAACUUAGUUAAGAAGAAAGAGUUUCCAAUGGCUACCGUGCAGAAAAUCAGCAAGAUAUUCGGCCAACCCGAUCAUGUAUGCUUCAAAAGUAAGAAAGCACCCAAGAACAUGAAAGUGGCCGUGAAUGACGUUAGCUUUUGCGUAAAGGGCGGAGAAGUUCUCGGUCUUUUGGGACCGAACGGUGCUGGUAAAACCACAUGCAUUUCCAUGAUGUCAGGCGAAUUGGGAAUUGACAAAGGAAAGGUGAGCAAAAAUCUUUCUCUCUCCCUCACUAUCUUCCUAAUUACCUACCUACCUACCUACCUACCUACCUACCUACCUACCUACCUACCUACCUACCUACCUACCUACCUAACUAUCUACCUACC